UCCUUUAUAUCAGCCCCUGUUCCUUCAGCUCCUCAUUCAGCAAAUUUGCCUUGUUUUCUGGGUCAAUCCUAUUUUUCUUUUACAGAGAUCAACUUGCUUUAAAUUUUUUUAAUCCCUCUCAACGUUUGCUUUGACAACUGUUUUAUUGAACUCCUAGAACUUUAUUGUUAAAUGUGGUUUGUGUUUUCUCUUUGGUAAUAUCCAAUUUCCAACUAAUUAGGACCAACCCUCCUCUUGUUUACGCUGUUUCUAGAUAUACACCACUUGUAUUUUUUGGUUCUAGCUGUGCAUAUUGAAUUGCUGGAAAAUAUGGGUGCUGAAAAUCAAAGCUUAAAUAGAGAAUUUGGAGAAAAGGGUGUUGAAAAGAUCUCUGUUUCUGAUCAUAUUAAUGGAUUAAAGUGCACAAGCUCAAAAUCAGAGAGCUUUGUUGUGAAUAUGGAAACCAUAUCUCAUCUUGUGGAGAAAGAAAUCAGUGGAAAUUCAAGAAUUACUAGAAACUUGUCAAGAAAGGGUUCAUUGCGAGGCGGCGAGAAAAGAACAAACUUUAACGCUAUGAAUGAGAAAGACACUAACCUAAUGGCGACUUCACCAAGAGCAACUUUGCUAGCAGCUAACACUCCUGAAAAGACGACGGCAGUAACGGUGGGGACAGCCGAUCACAGGACACCAGACAUACGUAAUCAGAUCACAGCAGGGGCCGCCACCAGCAGUGUG